GGGAACUUCAGUCGAUUUAAAGCUCUCACCCGCUGUCAGUGCUGGAUCCAAAAUUUGAAGUUUUUCAAACACUUAUCAGUAACUCCGAACCCUUUUAAUCGGAACACACCCCAAAAGGUAGAAAUGUCGCUAUUGAAGGUGCUGCGAGCUACCGACCUCAUACGGAGCCACUCCGCCCUCCGCUGGUGCCGCCACACAGGCUCUUUUCCGCGUUACGACUACGACCUGGUGGUUCUCGGAGGUGGCUCGGCUGGCCUGGCGUGCGCUAAGGAGGCGGUGGACUGCGGAGCUCGCGUGCUCUGCUUCGACUACGUGAAGCCCACGCCGGUCGGUACAAAGUGGGGUAUCGGCGGCACCUGCGUGAACGUGGGCUGCAUCCCCAAGAAACUGAUGCACCAGGCAUCGCUGCUGGGCGAGGCGGUGCACGAGGCAGUGGCCUACGGCUGGAACGUGGAUGACCGGAACCUCCGACCCGACUGGCGCAAGCUGGUGCGCUCCGUGCAGAACCACAUCAAGUCGGUGAACUGGGUGACGCGCGUGGACCUGCGCGAUAAAAAGGUGGAGUACGUCAACUCUAUGGGCGCCUUUGUCGACAGCCACACCAUUAUGUACUACCCAAAGCCAGGCCAAGAAGGCGACAGGCGACAGGUGACCGCCAAGUACGUGGUGGUGGCAGUGGGAGGGAGGCCGCGCUACCCUGACAUUCCCGGAGCCAUGGAGCUGGGCAUAACGAGUGACGACAUCUUUAGCUACGAGCGGGAGCCGGGGCGCACGCUCGUGGUGGGCGCCGGAUACGUCGGCCUGGAGUGCGCCUGCUUCCUCAAGGGCCUCGGCUACGAUCCCACAGUGAUGGUGCGCUCGAUCGUGUUGCGCGGCUUUGAUCGGCAGAUGUCUGAGCUCCUGGCCGCCAUGAUGUCUGAGCGCGGCGUUAGCUUCUUGAACACCACCGUUCCCAGCUCAGUGGAGCGGCAGUCGGAUGGGCGGCUGCUGGUAAGGUACCUAAACACCACGACGCAGACCGUCGGCAGCGAUGUCUUCGACACAGUGUUGUGGGCCAUCGGACGACGGGGUCUGAUCGACGACCUCAACCUAGGGGCCGCCGGAGUGAAGACUCUGAACGACAAGAUCGUGGUGGACGCCUCGGAGGCCACCAAUGUACCACACAUCUUCGCCGUGGGCGACAUCAUUCACGGGCGACCAGAGCUCACACCAGUGGCCAUCCUGUCGGGCCGUCUUCUCGCCAGACGCCUAUUCGCCGGCUCCACGCAGAGGAUGGACUACGCAGACGUGGCCACGACGGUGUUCACUCCUCUGGAGUACUCCUGCGUCGGUAUGUCCGAGGAGUCUGCCAUCGAACUACACGGCGCAGACAACAUCGAGGUUUUCCAUGGCUACUACAAGCCCACUGAGUUCUUCAUCCCCCAAAAGAGCGUACGCCACUGCUAUCUAAAGGCGGUAGCGGAGAUGGCAGGAGACCAGAGGAUCCUGGGUCUCCACUAUAUCGGCCCAGUGGCCGGCGAAGUGAUCCAGGGCUUCGCCGCGGCGCUCAAGUCGGGCCUGACAGUGAAGACCUUGCUGAACACGGUGGGAAUCCACCCGACAACAGCCGAGGAAUUCACGCGACUCUCGAUCACCAAGCGCUCGGGUCGCGACCCCACACCCGCCUCUUGCUGUAGCUAGGAGCUACUUACAUACAUGUGUAAUGUUUGUAAGUACAUUGUGGAUCGACAUUGAAAAUAUAGCAGAUCGGUUCAAUAAUCAA